CCGGUCCCUGCGGCGGCCCAACUGGGCGGCGGAAGUUCGACGGCGCCGGGUGAAGUGAGUGGCUGUGGCGCUCGAGUCUCCUUCCAACCCCCAGGAGAGGAGUGGGAGACCUGGCAGGCCUGGGCGCGAGAUCUCGAGCGGAGGAAGGAGCUCCCCUCGGACGCACCACCACGGACCUGGAAGCCAAGAUGAAGAAGAUGGGCUUAGGUCAUGAGCAAGGAUUCGGAGCCCCGUGCCUCAAGUGCAAAGAAAACUGUGAAGGAUUUGAACUGCACUUCUGGAGAAAAAUAUGUCGGAACUGCAAGUGUGGGCAAGAAGAACACGAUGUUCUCUUGAGCAAUGAAGAGGAUCGAAAAGUAGGGAAGCUCUUCGAAGAUACCAAGUACACCACCCUGAUUGCAAAGCUGAAAUCAGAUGGAAUCCCCAUGUAUAAGCGCAAUGUUAUGAUACUGACCAAUCCAGUGGCUGCCAAGAAGAAUGUCUCCAUCAACACUGUGACCUAUGAGUGGGCUCCCCCUGUCCAGAAUCAGGCACUGGCCAGGCAGUACAUGCAGAUGCUGCCCAAGGAGAAGCAGCCAGUGGCAGGCUCGGAGGGAGCACAGUACCGGAAGAAGCAGCUGGCAAAGCAGCUCCCUGCACAUGACCAGGACCCUUCUAAGUGCCAUGAGUUGUCUCCUAAAGAGGUGAAGGAGAUGGAGCAGUUUGUGAAGAAGUACAAGAACGAGGCUUUGGGAGUUGGAGAUGUGAAACUUCCCUGUGAGAUGAGCACUCCGAGCGCUGACAGAGAGUACAUCCCUGGUGGGGAUAGAAGCACCCCGGCAACAGUGGGGACUGUGGAAACUAAGUCUACUGAGCCCAAAAAGACCCGAUAUUCCUGCUACUGCUGCAAGCUGACUAUGAAGGAAGGGGACCCAGCCAUCUAUGCUGAAAGGGCCGGCUAUGACAAACUGUGGCACCCAGCGUGUUUCGUCUGCAGCACCUGUGGUGAACUCCUGGUCGAUAUGAUUUACUUCUGGAAGAAUGGGAACCUGUACUGUGGCAGACAUUACUGUGACAGUGAGAAACCCCGUUGUGCUGGCUGCGAUGAGCUCAUAUUCAGCAAUGAGUAUACCCAGGCAGAAAACCAGAAUUGGCAUCUGAAACACUUCUGCUGCUUUGACUGUGACAGCAUCCUAGCAGGAGAAAUAUAUGUGAUGGUCAGUGACAAGCCUGUUUGCAAGCCCUGCUAUGUGAAGAACCAUGCUGUGGUGUGUCAAGGGUGCCACAAUGCCAUCGACCCAGAAGUGCAGCGAGUGACAUACAACAACUUCAGCUGGCACGCAUCCACAGAGUGCUUUCUGUGCUCCUGCUGCAGCAAGUGUCUCAUUGGGCAGAAGUUCAUGCCUGUGGAAGGGAUGGUUUUCUGCUCAGUGGAGUGCAAGAAGAUGAUGUCUUAGAAGGCACCAAGCAUUAUUGAGCCAUAGCUAUCCAAAGUGGUCUGCAUUUCUGUGAUAAAAUGCAAUUUGAAAAAAUAAAAAAGAAAUACCUAUAGCUAACCAAAAGAUUUUGUUCAAUAUGUCUUUUUGUGUUAUCAGUUUAUGCUGUUUUCCCUAUCUCAGUUUUAAAAGACUGCUUUAAGCAUUUGAUUUUUAAAAGCAGUAAAGAAUUAGAAGGCCCAGGGAGAUGGCUCAGCAGUUAAAGGCAUUUGCUUGCCAAAUCUGCUGGCCUGAAUUUCCCAGCUGUAAAGCCAGACACAAAAAGUGGGCAUACCCUGGUGUGCUAUAGACACACACACACACACACAAAAUAAAA